AUGGCCGACCGCAAAAUGUGCUCGUGGCAAGAAAACACUGCUGGUCUAUGGUUUAUGAAAAUGGAGGAACCAGCAAAGGCGAUGUUGAAAAACCUCUCACUAGAUACGACAAAAAAGAUGCUUGAUAAUAUGACUGAAUGGGAAAAUCUAGGUCAAAGUAUUAUUACGGGAAAGAGGACGAUGGUCGAGUUGGAUGAGCGACGCCAGAAAUGUCGAGAAGCACUGAGACAGUUGCAAAAGCAAGGAAAGAUUAGCGGAAACAAGAAAAGUAAAGAUUGGAUAUGCUUUGGAAGUACCACAUUCCUUAAGAUUGAAACCAAACACGCAAAGCAAAUGAUUGAAGAUGACAUGAAGAUUAUUGACACGACUCUUGAAAUAACUCGAGAAGAGGUGAAAAACCAAGUGGAUAAAUUGAAGAAAAUGGAAAACUGCAAGAGUCUUGAAGAUCUUGGCUUCACUCUGAAUCCGAUUGCUUAA